ACGCAGGGAGGUGGGGGCGGGCUGUCAGCCGACGGUGGGCCUUACUUGUGGCGUGGCUUCAGCGCCCGGGACCCAGCCUUAACGGGAAACAACUUCGGGGUCCGGCAUCCGCCCGAGCGAUUACCAUUGUCCCUCUUCCACAAACAGCACACUUCUCCUCCCAUCAUCCCUCACCUCAGUUGCUGCCUGUGGAUGUUGUAGUCUGCUUGGGCCGAGAGUUCAGGGUGAAGCGAGCAGCGGCCUGGAGUUGGAUUGGUGCCCCGCUCAGACUCCUCCCCUUACCAGCUGCCGGCGGUCGCUCGCGUUGACCUAGGAUCAGAGGGAGUUGCAUCUUUUUUUUCUUCCCCCGUGAUCGCAUGGUGGAAUUGUGCUGAGACGUCGUCAAAAUGAUGCCGUUGCAGGAAGCUGUACUAUUCACCCCUUCCUAUGGGAUGUGUUUGCGUAAAUUCUGAGCGCAAGUACAUUACUGUGAUAGACCCCAGAAUCGUUUGAUACAACGCACUUUAACAUUUGCUGCAGAGUGUGGGAAAUUUUCGUGAUGAUAUAGCAGUGUUCCAUAAUUUCAGAUGAUACUGACUGUGUACUUGAGUAACAACGAGCAGGGUUUAACCGAAGUCCCGAUAACCCCAGAAACAACAUGUAAAGAUGUUAUUGAAUUCUGCAAAGAGCCUGGUGAGAUCGGUUGCCACUUGGCUGAGGUGUGGCGAGGAAAUGAACGUGCCAUUCCUUCUGACCAUAUGAUGUAUGAACAUCUGCAGAAGUGGGGACCUCGUAGAGAAGAAGUGAAAUUCUUUCUCCGUCAUGAAGAUUCACCUAAUGAAAAUAUUGAACAAAGUGGACAUCAGUCUCAAGAUCAACUGAAUAGAUGGAAUGGAAUUCAUUUGUCUACAGACAAGCGUUUCGAAAAUGGGGGUGGUAAUCCUCGGGUGGAGUUGACACUUUCAGAACUGCAAGAAAUGGCUUCUAGACAACAGCACCAGAUUGAGGCCCAACAACAGAUGUUGGUUGCCAAGGAGCAGCGUUUACGUUAUCUGAAACAACAAGAGAGACGUCAACAGCAGUCUAUUUCGGAAAGUGAAAAAUUACAAAAACUGAAAGAACGUAUGGAAAGUCAGGAGGCAAAGCUGAAGAGGAUACGAGCUAUGCGAGGACAGGUGGACUACAGCAAAAUUAUCAAUGGCAAUCUUUCAACUGAAAUCGAACACAUCAAUAAUAUGUUCCAUGAGAAACAACGUGAGUUGCAGUCUGCUGUAUUGAAAGUUGAUCAGUUAACGCAGCAACUUGACGAUUUGAGGAAAGGAAAAACAAACGGAUUGCAGUCUUUUAAUGGACAAGUGCCAGGACCUGCUGCAGUUGAAUUAAAGAAGCUUUACCAAGAGCUGCAGCUUCGCAACAAGCUUAAUCAAGAACAAAAUACAAAACUUCAACAUCAAAAAGAAUUGCUGAACAAGCGUAAUGUGGAAGUGACGAUGAUGGACAAAAGAAUCAGUGAACUUCGUGAACGUUUGUGGAAGAAGAAAUCUGAUGCACGUCAAAAGGAAAACAUCCCUCAGCUGAAUCGAAUUAAUGGCUCGCCAACAAUGCCAGCACACUCUAACACCUCUGGUCGUGUGGCUGCCGUGGGACCCUACAUCCAAGUUUCUACUGCAACUAGAUCAGAAAGUAACCAAUCAUCACCAAGCGAGAUCUUGAAACCUCAGUCGCUGACCAUAUCUAGCAACGGUGGCUAUGUGAUGACUAAAGCAAAAUCUGAUGAACUUCUUAGACACAAGCUGACCUGCGUGAUGUCUGGUUUGGAUGUUGGUCUUGACUCUGGUUCAUCCUUGCAUUUAAAAAAUUAUGAAAGCAGAUUCUUCGCACAUGAUGGAAAUUGGCCAACACUCCCACAGGGCUCUGCUAAUACAGGGAAAUCACCUACAACAACAAACAAUGACUGGAAGGAAUCCAACAUGGACACAGUUUUGAAACCAGGAGCUGGAUCGAGUCAGACCCUGCCCACUUCCUCAGCCAUUUCAAACAAUGAGAAAAUGGUGGGUAUUGAAUCAGGAAAAGUAACAACAUCUGUGCCCAAUGCAAUAAAGCAGCUGACUCAGUCAUAUGGACCUCACCCGAAAUCUUCUCUCAUUGCCAUUGGUUCUACAAAUUCACUGGAAAGAGUGAAAGAGGGCACUCAACCUCGGCCUAGUAUGGGUUCAGUCUCCAACAUAACUUCAGCAAACUGGCAGAGAGCUAUCCAGUCUUCACAGCCUGCAAGCACAUUUCAAGCGAGUGCCUCACAACAGAUUCAGCAGAGAAUUACUGUGCCUCCGAGUCCUACUUAUCAGCCAGCUGCUUCACCAUUGUUCUCUGCUGGAGAUAGCAGGCCUGAUCCCCCACUGGCUGUGGCUGUAAGGCCAUUCUUGACUGACAAAGGUUCUAGGCCUCAGUCUCCACGAAAAGGGCCUCAAACCGUGAAUUCCAGUUCAAUUUAUUCAAUGUAUCUUCAGCAAUCAACUCCACCAAAGAACUACCAACAGGCUACAUACAAUACCCUAAACAAAGCACAUACUGUCAAAGCAAUGUAUGGGAAGCCAGUAUUGUCGUCUGGAUCAGGUUCUGCUUCACCGUCUCCUUUGCCUUUUACUCAUACAUCGCCUUUCCAAAGUUCCCCACCGCAAACCACUGGUGAAAACCAAACUACUAAUGAAAAGGAUCUAGAGCAUGAGAACUUGCCGUCCACCAAUUCAAAUGUUGAAAACAUACCACGUCCUCUGAGUCCUACGAAAUUAUUGCCAAUUGUGCACUCACCAUUAAGGUAUCAAAGUGAUGCUGAUCUUGAAGCUCUAAGGAAAAAAAUGGCACAUGCACCAAGGCCUCUGAAGAAACGCAGUUCUAUAACUGAGCCAGAAGGCCCAAGUGGACCUAAUAUACAGAAGCUGCUGUAUCAGCGUUUUAAUACGUUAGCUGGGGGCAUGGAUAACAUGCCAUUUUAUCUCCCCAGUAACCAACAGGACUAUGUGGGUGCUUUAGCAGACGUUGAUAAUGGUAACACCAGCCUAGUAGAGUCUGGUUCUGUGCAGUCUGAACCAACAACUCAGCCUGACGUUCAACCAUCAUCAGAUGCCAAUGAUAAUCAGCUGCCUUCUCCUAAACAUUCUGAAUUGAUUCAGACAGAUAACAAUGAGAUACCUGCUACAAUAGAGGACAAUAACAAUAAUCCUGCUGUUGUUCAAACAGAGCAGCUGCCAAGUCCUCUGCCAGAAAUCAUAUCACCAGAGGGAGAUGUUCCUCCACAACCUGCUGUGCCACUGCAACCUCCUAUUAAACGUACAAAUUUGAAGAAACCUGAUUCAGAAAGGACAGGUUGUGGGAUGCGGGUAAAAUUCGAUCCUCUUGCUUUACUCCUGGAUGCUUCUUUAGAAGGAGAAUUUGAUCUUGUGCAGCGCAUUAUUUAUGAGGUUAAUGAUCCCAGUAGACCUAAUGAUGAAGGGAUUACACCAUUACACAAUGCAGUGUGUGCUGGUCACCAUCACAUUGUGAAAUUCCUUGUUGAUUUUGGUGUAAAUGCAAAUGCAGCAGAUAGUGACGGAUGGACACCGUUACACUGCGCUGCUUCCUGCAAUAGCGUCCAACUCUGUAAACUGCUUGUGGAAUCCGGUGCUGCUAUUUUUGCUACAACUAUCAGCGAUGUUGAAACAGCAGCAGAUAAAUGUGAGGAGAUGGAAGAAGGUUUUGUACAGUGCUCACAGUUUCUUUAUGGAGUACAAGAAAAAAUGGGUGUCAUGAACAAAGGUGUAGUUUAUGCAUUGUGGGACUAUGAGGCCAAGAACAGCGAUGAAUUAUCGUUCCAUGAAGGCGAUCCUCUGACAAUCGUGAGGCGUAAAGAUGACAAUGAAACAGACUGGUGGUGGGCUCGUUUGAAUGACAAGGAAGGCUAUGUUCCUCGCAAUCUGUUAGGGUUGUAUCCGAGAAUAAAGCCCCGGCAGCGAACUCUGGCUUAGGAAUAUUGGUGAGCUCUUCUGAUCAGAAUCUGGAACGACACAUUGGCAGUGCUCCCCAUCCAAAAGAGGAAGUAGAUAUUUACGUGCUGUGAUUUGGAUAUGCAGUAGUUUAUGGUGCUUUUUCUCUGAACAAAGUCGCAUUGCUACAUCUGAAGAACACACGUGUAUUCUAGCACACUUUCAUGUGUGCAUUCAAACAUGUGCACAUAUGCGCACACAUUUAGACCUGAACAGUCAUAUUAGAACAUGUAUGAACAGGCCUGCACAUUUCUCUGUUUCUCUCUCUCUCUCUUACACACUCAUUCACACACACACAUGCACACGCGCACACACAAAACAGAGGAAGUGGUGUUAUCUGAAAACCACUUGACCUCAGUAUUGUUAGUAUGUGGCAUGCUUGGCUGACAGUGGUGGUAAGGGAAAUGUUUAAAUGCAAAUUUUAUUGGUUUCAAGAAGGAAGUUGUAAUUUAUUGAAAGGUAGUGUGGAUGAACUAGCAGAGUUUGACUUGGUAUUGUGGUAAUUAAAGCUGUUAAAGGAUAUAAGAAUUUAUGCUUGGACAUGAAAAAUUUAAGUAACAUAGUAAUGCUGCAAAUGUGAGAUGAACAAGGAUUUUAGUAAGGCAAGGUGCGCUGUCUGAGUUGUAUGAAGUAAGUGCAGUGUAUGUGACUAAUGGAAUGGUGGAUGUACGAAUGACCAGAGGAUAUUGCCAUCUAUUAAUGUGUGUAUUUUAUGGAAAUGAUGCAAUAACUUUCACCACAUUUUGGUGCAAAACACUACAGCACUUCAUUAAAAUAAGUAUUCAAGUAUAUUUCUAUAUUAAAGAAUCUUUCAUUUAUUUUUUCCAAUUACAGUUUUCAUUUUGAAAUAGUUCUAGGCAAACAUUCUAACAAAUGAUAAGUUUAUAACAAAACAAUCUUUGGCUUGUUUACCAUGUUUCAUAUCUAACCUUUACCUAACAAGCAGUUCUGUUAACUGAGCACAGGGUAGUAUUGAAUGUAAAUAUUGUGAUGUAUAAGAUUAUAACUGUGGGCUAUAUUAUGUAUGACUAAGUGACUGAACUGUAAUUUUUUCAUAGUUAGUACUACACUGCUUAACAAGUGUAAUGUAAACGUAUACAAUAAAAUACAAUGGCAUGAACAAA